CGGGAAUGAAGUGUGCUCGAGGUGCUUUUGUGUUGUUAAUUUCGCCUGAGUGUGCUUACUGUGAUGGCGCAAUUUUCGAAAGACGCGGUAUGGUAUCGUUCGCCCGCGAUACACUUCAGUCGCGUUUGUGGCUGCACGCGAUUUGACGUAUUCUGCGCGCUGUGAUGUCACUUGUCAGCUUAUUUUAUGAAAUGUCAAACGUUUUACAUGUAAUUCGCGAGUGAAUGAUAAACAAAUUGACAGUGAAAUUAUUGUUCAUGAAGUGAUAUUAUUAACUGAGUGACAUGGACUGUUAUUAUUCGAAAUUUUACCCGAGGCGUAAGUGACAAAUGGAAAGUUUACACCGGUGAAAGAUACACCGAUGAUGCACCCGGCAGGAUACUACGCUAAUCUUGCGAGCGGUGCGCUCGCAGCCGGCACCAUUGCGUCUCCAUGGAGCACGCCGGCCGGCGCGCCCGACACCAACGGCUCGGGCGGCGCCGAUGCCAAACACCUGGAUGUCGGCGAUGCGAGCGACGACGAGAAGGACUUGUCGGCGGCGGACGCGGAAGGAGUAUGGAGUCCGGACAUCGAACAGAGCUUCCAAGAGGCGCUGGCGAUCUACCCCCCCUGCGGCCGGCGCAAGAUCAUCCUCUCCGAUGAGGGCAAGAUGUACGGAAGGAACGAGCUUAUAGCGAGGUAUAUAAAACUAAGGACAGGCAAGACCCGCACGAGGAAACAAGUCUCCUCGCACAUACAGGUGCUAGCUAGGAGAAAACUAAGGGAAAUACAGGCCAAACUCAAAGUGCAAUUCUGGCAACCGGGUUUACAAGCUGGGACAUCACAAGAUGUCAAGCCGUUCCCCGGUGCAGGCUACAAAGGAGUCCCAGGAGUGGGAGGAGUGGGAGUACCUGGAGGGACUGACGUGGCGCCGCCACCUCCCUGGGAGGGACGCGCCAUUGCUACCCACAAACUGAGGCUAGUCGAGUUCUCGGCGUUUGUGGAGCACCCGAGGGACCCUGACACGUAUCCCCCGAGCGCAGCGCCGGCGCAGCAUUUGUUCGUUCAUAUAGGUGGUACAGUCACAUACGCGGAUCCUUUACUAGAAUCCGUAGACGUCCAACAAAUAAACGAUAAGUUCCCGGAGAAGAAAGGAGGCCUCAAAGAACUAUACGAGAAGGGCCCAAGAAACGCGUUCUUCCUCGUCAAGUUCUGGGCGGACCUCAACACAAGCAAUCUGGACGACCCCGGUGCCUUUUAUGGGGUUACUAGUGUAUACGAAAGCAACGAGAACAUGACGAUAACGUGCAGCACCAAAGUGUGUUCGUUCGGGAAACAAGUAGUGGAGAAGGUGGAGACGGAAUAUGCUCGGUUCGAGAGCGGGCGAUUCGUGUACCGCAUCCACCGGUCGCCGAUGUGCGAGUACAUGGUCAACUUCAUACACAAGCUCAAGCACCUGCCCGAGAAGUACAUGAUGAAUAGUGUGCUCGAAAACUUCACUAUACUACAGGUGGUAUCAAAUAGAGACACACAAGAGACAUUACUGUGCGCGGCAUUUGUGUUCGAAGUGUCAAACAGUGAGCAUGGCGCACAGCACCAUAUCUACCGGCUCGUCAAAGACUGAAGCGUCCGAACGCGUGCGCAUAUGAGUUAAGUGUACUAGAGCAGUCAUGCCGAACGGUGCGCCUGAGUCGGUCACGUGGGUAGCUGAAGGCGACACGACAUAGAGCGCGCAUUUGCAAAUCCAUUAGGCUUCUUGUACAUGCCAAGUAAUUUCACCGUAUCUGCCCACAAGACAAGAAUUUCGUCGGACCUAGCUACGAAAAGUCACACAGUGCGCGUACACCGCGCGUCGUAUCUAGCGAAGACAAAAAUUACAUCUUGGUCAGUGCCGGAGUAAUAUACCUACACGGUUUGUGUGUAGAAACGACACAAUUUCCUGCGUAGGCCUGGCGACUUUUCUUAGCGUGUACAAGCGGCCUUAGGUGUCCAAUGUUAAGCUCAAAAAUCUUGUGACAUUUGGUGACCUCAGAGCUAUAAUGAACUAACUGACAUUUCAAUGGGACAUAAUAGAAGCUGACUUGUGACGAAACAGGUGACAAAGAUGACAAUUUUAUUUAUAUCAUUGUGGCUUAUCCACGCCAUUUAUGGUGUUAUAAGUUGUUAGC